UAUGAUUCACCCACAUGUGCAUACUCUUAGUAACUGUACCUGUCCACAGGUGCCUGAUCCACUUGAAAGUACAUGGAAAACAUCACCAACCAGCAGACAGACACUUGGCUUUAACACUGGCCCUUCCUGUCUCAUCUGUCUAAGGGUUAAAGUCUAAGAGCAAAAGCUUACUCACUUAACGUCCGUAGAGAAGCCUUAACGAUCUAACCUUUGGGAUUUAGGACCUGCCUCUGCCUGACAGGGACCCACAAGGCUUAUGGGACAGUGCAUACACAAGAAACUCAGAUGGGGGCGUGGUAGCCAGACUGAGUUGUUGACACGUCUGUCUCAAAAUGGAUGCAGCUUUGACUGACAGCUGCACGUCCCCACCCAGUCCUGAUUUUAGUCUGGACUCAUCCAGUCCGUUUGCAAAUGGACUGCACUUUGAGUCAAUUCUGUUUGAAGAUGAGGACGAGGAUGAAGUUAUGGAUCCAGAGACUGGAUCUCAACUGGAAAGAGCCUUGUGUGGCUCAACAAAAUUGGAUGUCAAGCCUAAAAGCAAAAUUGCAAAGGGUCGCUCAUUUCUGGGGCAAGAAGCUGUAUUUGAAGACAAGUCUACAAGUGAUUGUGGGCUUUCUUCCCUUGUGAGCAGGCCUGCUGGGAUUAUAAUGACAAAAAAAAUGAAAACAAAGACUCCACCACCAGUGAAAUAUUUGGAGGGUGAAGUAAUAUGGGCUAAAUUCAACCGUAGACCAUGGUGGCCAUGUCAGGUGACUGUUCACCCAGUUGAGGGAGUUUACCACAGAAUUAAAGAGCCACCAGAUAGGACCAAUCGGCAGUAUUUCCUCAAGACAUUUGGGGAACCUGAAAAGCAGGCGUGGGUCCCUGAGCGAUCUACUCAUAUAUUUGUGGGUGGAUAUCAGUUUAACAAUCUCCCAAUGAUACCCAAGCGGUUUCUGAACUCUUGGAGAGCUAGUGUGGUUGAAGCAGAGGCACUUCUCCUGGAGAAGCCAAGGAUCACCACUCUCUGCUCAGACUUCACCAAAACAAUCACUGAAGGAACUACAAAUAACACAGAAAACAAAGUGUCUGUGCCUGUGGAAUUACCCAACAUUAGUCCUCUAACCAAUGGAACAGUUGCACAAAAAGACCACAUGAACACCUUACCACAUAAUCAGGGGUCUAAAAACAAAAAGAAACAGAGAAAGUCUUCAACACAUUUUAAAAAAUCAGAGGAAUUUAAUUGUGAGAAGGAUAAGAUUAUGGAAACUUUGGACAGUCCCUACUCUGACAUUGAUUCUGUACCACAGAUCCGCAGAUGUCCCAAAAGCACUGAGCAAAUUUCAAAGCACUGCGCUGUUAAUCAAUCAAACUCAACCUCAAGUCAACUUCCCAUUACAAAUGACAAAGAAGUGAAGAAGAACGUGGAGAACCAGGGUGGCCUUUGGUUUAGCAAAGCAGGGAAAGGUCAGGUCAACGGGGGACUUAGUCGUGCUGGCAUUAAAUCUGUAAACUGUUCUUUUGGGAAGGUAUCUUGUAAAAUUAAGAUGCCAGAUUCCGCAAGCAUGAAACCCAAAGACAAUCACAUCACCGUAAUUGAACAUCUAUCUACAGAAGCCAGGAAAGCUCUUGAUAGGAGAGUGAAGUGCCUUCCAGCAAGUAGUCGACUGAUGACAAGAGCACUGAAGGCGAUGGAGGAGGCUGAGUGGAUGAAGAAACAACUGGUAAACCAAGAGUCAGCAUCAAAUGUCGAAACAGAGAAUUGUGUAUCUUUUUCUGUUGUUACAAUGCCUGAAACAACAGAUGUAGACAACCAUGUCCCUUCACAGAAGAUGCCAACUACAGCAAGAUGUGAUCUGAAAGUGGACUCAAAAAGUAACAUGCGCACCCAGUUAUCAUCGGAUCUUCUGAGUUGUAAAGAUGAUGCAAAUUUAGUCAAAUCUGAAGAUGAAGCUUCUUUGAUAUCUCAAGCACCUGUUGCCUUUCAUUCAUCUAAAUGCAAACAAGAGAGUCAUGCUUCCGAUUCAUCUUCUAGUUCUACUCAAUCUUUGCGCUUAAAGAUGGAAGAUGUGGAAAACAUGAAAGAAAUAACCUUCAAAUCAUUAGCAAAUGAACAGAGUGGCCAGCCUUUGUCAUUUCAUCCUGAUGCAAACUAUAAGUUUAGCACAUUCCUAAUGAUGCUCAAGGAUAUGCACGAUAGCCGGGAAAAAGAUGGAACCACAUUGGUAAUAGAACCGUUACCCGUAAAUGAACUUAUUAAAGAGGAGCCAUCACUGAUUCUGGACGUAAAAGAUGAGAUGAACACAGUAAGCACAGUGGAUCAACAAAAAUGUCAACUGGGCAAAACUCCAUCAAAACAGAAGAUGAAACCAAAGUCUGGGACAAAUAUGAUCCCGGAAAUUCAGCUGACCUCUACUGUGUCAAAAAAUACUCAAAGACCUAGCAAAAAAAAUUGUUCAAAAAAGAAAACCACUGAGAUCACAGCAAAUGUCCACUCAAAAGAUACAUUUGACAAACUGAUAUCUGAGCACCAUCCGCCCUCAGAAGAACCAGACACCAAGUUCUCGGCUAAUGUGCCUAAAAAGCGUUGGCAAAAGUUUGACCAAGUCAGUGACAAAGUGUUAAAUGUAGUCAAAGUUACUUGUAUUCAAGAAACAGAACAAUUACCCUCAGAAAAUUGUGACGUUUUGGUGGGUGAUACAAAUAAGUCUUGUCCAUUUGUGCCUGGGAAGGAAACUACAAUCAAUGCAUCUGAAAAUACUCAAGACAACUGUCAAAAAAAUGACAUCCCAACAGAAUGCAAACGUAUUAGAAAACCUAGCAAAAGACUCAUAGAAUGGACAGAGGAAUACGAUCAAUUGUUUUCCACUAAGAAGAAAGCAAAAAAGAAACCUGAGUCCUUUACUAAGGUUGAAAACAACAACUGCAGUGGACCAGUGGAGAAAACAUCUGGCGAAAGUGUAGAGUGA